AUGAAGUUCGCCUCCGUGUUCACGACCCUGGGGGCUCUGACGAUAGCCUCCGCGGUGCAAGUGAAUCCACUUCCCGCUCCCCGCAACAUCACUUGGGGAUCGUCCGGUCCGAUUCGCGUGGAGGAAUUGACCCUGACGAACCAAAGCGCCCUCCUGAACAGUGCUUGGGCCCGGGCCUGGAAGUCCAUCAGCACCCUCCAUUGGGUCCCUGCCGCCGUCGAAGCCCCGAUCUCCUCGUAUCCGCCCUUCCCAACCGCCACGCCCGCCAAACGCGCCGCGCCCGCCUCGGUCCACUCCGUCCAGGUCCACAUCGACGACCACCACGCCGACCUCCAGCACGGUGUGGAUGAGUCCUACACCCUGGAAGUGUCCCACCAUGCCCCCGCGAUCCGCAUCACCGCCAAGACCCCCUGGGGCGCGCUCCACGCCUUCACCACCCUCCAACAGCUGAUCAUCUCCGAUGGCAAGGGUGGACUCAUCAUCGAGCAACCGGUCAAGAUCCAAGAUGCGCCUCUCUACCCCCACCGCGGCAUCAUGAUCGAUACAGGCCGCAACUUCAUCUCGGUGCGCAAGAUCCUCGAGCAGAUCGACGGACUGGCCCUGUCGAAACUGAACGUCCUCCACUGGCACCUGGACGACGCUCAAUCCUGGCCAAUGGAGAUGCGCUCGUACCCCGAGAUGACCAAGGACGCGUACUCGCCGCGUGAAGUCUACACCGAGAACGACAUGCGUCGCGUCGUCGGCUACGCCCGUGCGCGCGGUGUCCGAGUUAUUCCAGAGGUCGACAUGCCCGGACAUUCCGCGUCGGGCUGGCAGCAGGUCGAUCCGGAGAUCGUCACAUGUACCAACUCAUGGUGGUCAAAUGACGUGUGGGAGUACCAUACAGCGGUGGAACCCAACCCAGGCCAGUUGGACAUUAUCUACAACAAGACCUACGAGGUCGUGGAGAACGUGUAUCAUGAUCUGUCGCGCAUCUUCGGUGACAGCUUCUUCCACGUCGGUGCCGACGAGUUGCAAGCCAAUUGCUACAACUACAGUAAACAUGUUACCGAGUGGUUUGCUGAAGACCCGUCCCGCACGUACAAUGAUCUUGCGCAGUACUGGAUUGACCAUGCCGUUCCGAUCUUCCGUGGAGUUGAGAACCGUCGUAUCAUGAUGUGGGAAGAUAUUGUUCUUUCUACGGAAAACGCCCACGAUGUGCCCAAGGAUAUUGUCAUGCAGAGCUGGAACAACGGCCUGGAGAACAUCAAGAAGCUCACUUCUGCCGGCUAUGAUACCGUCGUCUCAUCCGCCGACUUCAUGUACCUCGACUGCGGACACGGUGGCUUCGUCACUAACGACCCUCGCUACAACGAGCAGUCCAACCCCGACGGCAGUGUUAACUUCAACUACGGCGGGAACGGCGGCUCGUGGUGUGCGCCGUACAAGACCUGGCAGCGAAUCUACGACUAUGACUUCACGACCAACCUGACGGAGUCUGAGGCGAAGCACGUUAUCGGCGCCGAGGCACCACUCUGGUCAGAGCAGGUUGACGAUAUCAAUAUCUCGAACGAGCUCUGGCCGCGUGCUGCGGCGCUGGGUGAAUUGGUGUGGUCUGGUAACCGCGAUAAGGACGGCCACAAGCGCACCAAUGAGCUGACCCAGAGACUGCUCAACUUCCGCGAGUAUCUCGUUGCGAAUGGUGUUUUGGCCAAUGCUCUUGUGCCAAAGUGGUGUUUGAAGAACCCCCAUGGUUGCGAUCUGUAUCGGAACCAGAGUGCGAUUGCUUAG